GGGCCCUUUUUCUCUCAUCUCAGGAGCUCGAACAUGACCAGGAAGAUCUUCACAAAUACCAGAGAACGGUGGAGGCAGCAGAAUGUCAACAGUGCCUUUGCCAAGCUGAGGAAGCUCAUUCCCACUCACCCUCCAGACAAAAAGCUGAGCAAAAAUGAAACGCUCCGCCUGGCAAUGAGGUAUAUCAACUUCUUGGUCAAGGUUUUGGGCGAGCAAAGCCUGCAGCAAACAGGAGUGGCUGCUCCAGGAAAUAUCUUGGGACUCUUCCCCCAAGGACCCCACCUGCCAGACAGGACUCUACUUGCUGACUACCAGGUCCCUUCACCUGGCCCAAGCCACCACAUCCCUUAGCCUGGCUCUGACUUAUCACCCAGGGCAGCACUUGUUCAGAAGUGACUGGCUAUCAACAGCCUUUUUCAUGUUGCAGAGUCAAUUUGAGGAAUAAUUUGUGGCAUGAAUUUAAGCUUCAUAGACAAUGGCUUAGGGACAGCUGCAGGGAGCUGAAAGAAGGUCCUAAGUAAUGUGGCUUUGGAGUCUGCCACCCACUGGGCUUCAGGAAGAGCAGCCAGUCUCUAUUUUAUAUAUCCAGGAUCUGCAUAAGAUGUUUUUUGAAGAAAAAAAAAAAAAUCAUAGGUUAAAAAGAGGUUCGAAAAGCAUUGUUUCACUGAACACGUUUUCAGUUAUAGGGAAGGAGUUUUCUUGUAAUGCACCUCAGAUAAGUAGAAAGUGCUCCCCUCAAAACAUAUUCAGAGUUUUGCAAAAUGAGGCAUAUUUGAUCAAGGGUGAACAAAAUAAGUCUUCAGGUUGACAGAUGUAAAAAUAGCCCUUGCAGAAACCAACCUGGAGCCUUGUGGGAAAAUCUAUGGAGAAAAGACCCUGCUGGCAUGUGAGGAUUACAGGCACACAGCAGAUACAUGUGGAAGAGCUCUGCAUCCUUUAUCUCUACGGAAAUGUGAGGUGUCACUUGCAUCAAGUCAUUUCUAUACGUGUUAUCGCUAAAGCCAAAUGGUGGAUUAUAUCUGAGAGGAAAGGACUUGAUAAUUCAUGAAUUAGAGUUUAUAGUUUUCCUUAUGAAAAACAGCUAAAAUAGGUUAUCUAAUCCCUCACUUUCACAAGUCAGGUAUUAAAAUAUCUAAUUCAGCCUGAGUUCCUACUGAUUUAAAACCUGUAAAAUUCAAAUAUAAUUAUGAAAAUCCAAACAUUACCAUGUAAUGACUCAUUUAACAGAGAGCUUAGUUUAAACAAAAGAUUUAGAGUAGACAAUAGGAAUGUAAUACCAGAUGCUAAUGAAUUAAUGAAUGUGUAAUUUGUCUUUCCUGCUAUGGAGCAUUAGCUCAAUCUUAUGUCGGGAGGGGGUGGUACCCACAAGUCAAUGGAACAGUGUGCUUCUGGCAAAGCCCACCACCACAUGCCACCCUGAUGAUGCUUGGAUUCAAAGAUGAAUCCUAUAGUUAAGCCCAGAAUACAAAUAAUAUUAUUUGAUUGUCUCUGGAACAUUUUAUUUCCCCAGCGUUCUUAAUGGUAUAUUGGUUUUAAAGCCUUCUGAACCAUGUGUAGAAAAUUGGUGGAUUUGCGAUUAUGGAUAUCCUGUGCAUACACAACAGAGGAAUUUAAAUUUCCUGCCACUCUAGAAAGAAGAUUUUUGAUUUAUGAAAAGUUGAAAUGAGCCUCUUUGGUUUUGUGAUCAGAAGAAAACUGGACGAAACCCCCUCAAAAUCUCAUUCUCUCAAAAUAGUAGGGCCAUUACAUUACAUCAUUAAAUUUUAUACAGCAGUCACACUUGUAGCACAUUAUGUUUACUGGAAGCAAAUUCCUUCUAGGUCCUUUCUUUAAACUAUAUUCAGUAAACUUCCCUAUGGACCCAGAACAGUUCAGGGAAGCACAUGAGCACAGAGACCACAGGAUUUCCCCCAAACGUGUAUUUCUUCCUCAUGAGCCUAUGUGGACUUAAGUUCAUCCCCAGACUUCCACAGAUUUGAUGAUAGUUGUCCAUUGAGCAACAUUACUUACUCUCUCAUCUGGCAGUAAAUCAAAAUAACACUUUUCGGCAGUAUUUUUUAUUCAGUUCAUUUUAACAUGUGGCCAAGAAAGGCACAGAGGACCUCUUUGCCUUGUUACAGGAUUUUAUUACCGUCCUCAGAAUGAGGAUGCUUUUCUGCUGUUGGUGUCAUAUCUAUGCCACUGAAAUGUCACAGAGUGCUCCUGAAAAUUUGUGAGGAGAUUGAGUUAUCAUUAAAUUAUAUAAGGGGGAAAUUAUUUAAAGAAACCCUGCAGGAAAUCCCUUUGAUAAUGAAUAAACAGUUAAAGUAUUUCUUUAUGUACUUUACCUCUUACAUAAUUUUUUUGGUAAGCUUGGAUUUUGGUAUAUCAAGUUGUGUUAGGUUAAAGUGACUGUCGAAAGAAGUUGUAGGCAAGUGUGGACCAAAGCCUUUGCAAGGUGGCCUUGAGAUUGGAAGCUAAUUUAAAAAUCACUCUAUAGUCUUGCUUGGUGCCCUGUACUUAGGUCUUGAUGAUUGCAAUAGUGAGGAUUUACAGUUCAAACGUAUUAUAGUUCACCGAUGGUACGUCUCUUUAUGGAUCAUUUGAACCCAACAGAAGAGUUUAGAUUGAUUAUAUCAUCUAUGCUACUCUGUUACUUGAAAACAAGUGUUUGGUCUGCUAUGGACACCACUGGAAACUUCUGGAAACCAGGUAUAAACAUAUCCAAUUAGUUAUGUAGAUCAUUAGAUUGGCUAAUUCUAUGCCUUAUAUGACAGAGGAGAAAAUGGAUCCAGAGGCUUUUGAAGAGACUUUCUAGAUGUCACAUGGACAGUUGGUGGAAAUUCAAGACACGGUGCCAGAUCUCCUGACUCAGAGCCCAGCCUUUCUACAGCCCUAUUCAGUCACUAAGUAUUUUAGGGUUGAAAAUGGACAAGCACCUUAUUAUUA